UCAACCGAAGGCAGCGACAAAAUUGUCUCAAAAAAUGCGACUUUUAUUUCUCGAACGGGAAAUACCCGAGUUGUUUAUACUGCUGAUUUGUUUAAUUGUUUGCCAAGGGAAAAAGCACUUCAAAAACAACGAUGAUUCUUCGCAGGAAAGCAAAUCGACUUUCAUAACCAUCAAACUGCCAGCGAAUGUUGCCACGCACAAUAAAGGUUGUGUAUACGAUGGUGUUGUCCGACAUCAUGGCGAUGCCUGGUCCCCAGGUCCCUGUAUUCCAGAAUGUCGAUGCUCACAUGGUCAUGUAAAGUGCUCUAAAAUAGAAUGCCCGGAUUUAAACUGUGACAAGCCCAUCAAGAAAAAGUGGAAAUGCUGCGCAGAGUGCUUACCUUUAAUGGAUAACGGGACCACUUGUGGCGUGUGGAGUAGGGAUGGCAACGGUAAUGGUGGUUGCUGUGUGUUUCCUUUCGAGUAUAACGGCGUCAAGCAUUACACUUGUACUUACUUGGAUCACAACAAGCCAUGGUGCUCAAUCUCUACUAAUUUUGACCGAGAUGGAGUCUGGGGAGAGUGUAUAGAUGACGGUGAUACACCUAAGACAUUACGAUUCAAAGAUCACAGAGGAGAGGCUCAACAACAAUACAAAAGCACAGAUGAUCUUAUAUCUAGCAUAGCAAACAACGUGGCUAACAGUGUCUCGAACGAGAGUGCAAGCGGGUCAAAUGCUAGUCCUGCAAUCCCGGAGUCCAGUGUGACCACACCCUCAGGUGCAGCUGCAACAGUCACUCCAGCUAGUGUACAACCUUCAAAAACCGCGAUAAUGCCGGCUACAUCAGUAAAUGCAUCUCCUUCUGCCGCUAAUAAAACUGUUCAGCCGUUACCCACGAAGUCGAUUCAGCCACAAGCCACGGGUACGAUAGCUAUUGCGACUGCAAAUGCAACAGCCAUGCCAUCUCCCUCACCGAGUGUUGGAAGCCCUGUGGUAUCACAGAUAAAUACUAGUAGUGCAGUUCAACCAGCCAGCAAUCAGUCAGUUGCUGUUAUGGCCAGCAGUGUUCAACCAGCAGCUUCACAGUCAGUGACACAGGCAGGCCAGACCGCAGUUAUAGGGCAGCCAGGAGCUAUACCGACGCCAUCCAUUGGAAUGGGAGGUGCAGCGGCCGGGGCGGCCACACUCCCGCUGCCAGGUCCAACACCACAGGUAACUCAGCAACCGCAACCACAGGUAACUCAACAGCCAUCACCUCAGCCCUCUCAACAACCAGCACUACCACUUCCCGAACAGCCCACUCCACAGCCCGGUCAACAACCAGCUUUACAGCCUGCUCCUGCUCCUGCUCCGGUACCAGGCCAGCCACCUGUGGAGGGUGUAACUCCCGGCUCUCCUUUCCCGAUAUCGCAGACAACACUUACUCCUGGAGAGACCCAGGCUCCAGGAAAUGCUCCCGGCCAAGCUGGUCAAGCUGUGCAUCAGUUGACGACAACAGAAUAUAACCCAAACCAUAACAUCACAACGACUGAGUCUUGGUUUGGCAAACCUAACGAAACUCUCAACAGGACCAACGAAGUAAUGAAUCAAGUUGGACAAAGUAAUCAGGCAUCAUACGGUUAUCAAGCAGCCUCGUCUCAGCGUUAUUACCAGAACCAGGCUCCCUACAAUGAUCAACCAAGCAAUUCCCAACCAGAUUACUCAUCUUAUAACACACAGAGCAGUCCUCAAGCAGAUUACAUGUCUUACAGCUCCCAGCAGAGCAGUCCUGAAAACAAUUAUCCGUCCUAUAACGCACAGUCUUACAAUAGCUAUGACAACACCGCUUACCAGCAAUACGACAGAUCACAGGCUCAAGAUACCGCGGGACAAGCCAAUUAUUAUUCAAACGAACAACAAUACCAACAGCAGUAUGGUGCGGACCCAGGAUCAUACUACACGGGAUAAAACAUGACGAACCCUGUAGUUUCAAUCACUUUCCGGAAAUCUGACUUGAAUCUUUGAUGUUACAUCAAGUUUUAUAACUGAGUUUUGCUGAUGUUGUCUAUUCAUAGAACAGAGCUCCACCAAAGAUGUCUUUGUUUCUGAAUUUUAAGUUCUAUAAGUUCUUUCUUGUAAAACCUUGGAGGUCGAGAACGACGCUCACUUCUUGUUUUGACUCGAGUAAUCUCUGCGAAAAACAAAACAGAAUGCUUAGCUUCCAAAGAGAUUUCUCGCUCAAUUAUCUCCGGAUACAAUAUUGAAAAUUACGAGUCAAGGCCAUGAAAGUUUUGUUUGUUAAUAAACGUUAAUUUAACUGACUCAGUUGCUAACAGUGUCCCAAAUCUACUUGUAGCCACUCAGUUGACAGUUGACAUGCGUUGACAGGUUAGGAGAACAGGUAUCUAAACUCAUUUAUGUCUAAGACCAAUCUAGUCCCUCUCGAUCAUUUCCAAGGUUAACCGGUCAGGAACCGCACUCAACUUGGAAAUGACCGUAAGUCUGCUGUAAAUACGCGUCAUAAGACAAAAAAAUAGAAACGUUUUGAUGAAAAUCAGUCUCUCUAGUGACUGAAUUAUCUAAUCUCCAUUCUGUAAAGUUUCCCCGAAGUAUUCAAUGCAUGCCGUAAAGAAACAAGUGAGUCAUAUGAGCAAGCAGACUUCGUAACUCUCAUUGUAUCAGUAGUCUGAAUAAUAUGGUCGUCAUACGUAUAUUGAAUGGUUUUAAUGAACCUGUCGAUCAUGUAGUAUGAUUGUCUGCAUAAACAAACAAUAUAAUCAGAAACAGAACAUGAAGCUUUUACAAGCUUACCGAGAGUUAUAAUCAGAAACAAUUGAUCUUUCAAACCUGAGAACUGUACUGAUGGAAGUCAAUUGUGGAGUUUCUUCAUCAAAUGAAUGCGUUACCUGUUAGGUGAAAAAAGCAAUAAAAAUAC